UACGAGGUUUUGUCGCCAGACACCAACUCUUCUCUCCACCACUCUUGCGACCCACCCCUCUCUUCUUCUCUAAUACCACACAUCACAACCGCAGUCAUGGCUGGUUCAUCAAUCGUCUCCAACACGGCAACUCUCCAGAAAUACCUCAGUCUUCCUCAGAAGGACAAGGUCAUCGCUGAGUACGUCUGGAUCGACGGUUCCAACGGUCUCCGCUCAAAGUCAAAGACUCUCUUCAAGAAGGUCUCGAGUCUCGAGGACCUCCCAGAAUGGAACUUUGACGGUUCGUCAACGGGUCAGGCGCCCGGUAACAACUCCGAUGUUUACCUCCGCCCUGUCGCAUACUACCCCGACCCCUUCCGUCUCGGCGACAACGUCCUCGUCAUGUGCGAGACCUACAUGUCAGAUGGUAGCCCCAACGCAUACAAUUUCCGCCACGACGCCGCCAUCAUCUUCAAGAAGCACUUGGAGCACGAGUUCUGGUUCGGUCUCGAGCAGGAGUACACUCUCCUCGACGAGUUCGGCUGGCCCUACGGCUGGCCCAAGAACGGCUUCCCUGCUCCUCAGGGCCCCUACUACUGCGGUGUGGGCACCGGCAAGGUCUUCUGCCGUGACAUCGUCGAGGCCCACUACAAGGCCUGCCUUUACGCCAACAUCAACAUCUCCGGCACCAACGCCGAGGUCAUGCCCGCUCAGUGGGAGUACCAGGUCGGUCCCUGCGACGACAUCCAGAUGGGUGAUCAGCUUUGGAUGUCUCGUUUCAUCCUACACCGUGUCGCUGAGGAGUUCGGCGCCAAGGUCACCUUCGCCCCCAAGCCCAUCCCCGGCGACUGGAACGGUGCUGGUCUGCACACCAACGUUUCCACCAAGGAGACCCGUGCCGAGGGCGGCAUGAAAGCGAUCGAGGAGGCCAUGGAGAAGCUCGCUGGCCGCCAGAAGGAGCACAUGUCCGUCUAUGGCGAGGACAACCAGCUGCGCAUGACCGGCAAGCACGAGACGUCGUCGUACGACAAGUUCUCCUGGGGCGUUGCCAACCGCGGCUCCUCCGUCCGCAUUCCCCGCGCCGUUGCCGCCGAGAACAAAGGCUACUUCGAGGACCGCCGCCCUGCCUCGAACGGUGACCCAUACCAGCUCACCGCCAUCAUUGCCGAGACAAUGUUCGGUAAGGUCGAGGGCGCGGACAUUGCCAAGUUCAACGCUAAGGCGGAAGAAGUUGAGGUCGAGAUGGUUGUCCCUAUUGCUAAGCCGUAAGCACUUUACAACGCUGUAAACACGUCACGGUUGUCAUGUCUGCGAUUUGGCGUUGCCUUUCUUCACCUGUCGACGCCCUCAUUGUGGAUGAAACCUCAAUCAGAGUCGAGAUGGGUUCGCUUUAGAUGCCUUCACGGCUGGCUUGUUUGUCGUUU